GAAUAAAAUGGCCAACUCAUCUCAUCUCUCUAACAUUUUCAUGGGGUGGGUGGCUCUGUAACUAAACUUUCCAUCUAAUUUAUUUAUCCCUUUCUCUCUCUAAAACCCUUUCUCUCUCUAAAAAAUGUGGUAAUAAUUAUCACACAAAAGAGUUACAAAGACACCUCCUUUUUGUCUUCUUUACUUUCUCUCUCUAGCUUUUUUCAUGGAAAAUAAAACAAUAAUUCAUCCUUUUUCAUCCCUUUCUCUCACUACAUAAAAGUAGUUCAAAAGAAAAUAAAAAUAUCAUAUCUUUUUUGCUAUUACAUUUCUGAUUUCUCUUGUAGUUUGUCAGAGAUAAGUGGGGGUUUAAAAAAUUUAAAAUUCUUUCAAGAAUUUUUGCUAAACUAUAGAUUAAAAGCAUUGCAGAAAUGAAUGGUUUUUCACAUCUUGAUCUUGAGCCAGAUUACUCUGAGUUUGUUGAAGUUGAUCCAACUGGAAGAUAUGGCAGAUACAAUGAAGUUCUUGGAAAAGGAGCUUCAAAGACAGUUUAUAGAGCAUUUGAUGAGUAUGAGGGGAUUGAAGUUGCUUGGAAUCAAGUCAAGCUGUUUGAUUUCUUACAAAGUCCUGAAGAUCUUGAGAGACUUUACUGUGAGAUUCAUUUACUAAAGACAUUAAAGCAUAAGAACAUUAUGAAAUUUUAUACUUCUUGGGUUGAUACAGCCAAUAGAAACAUCAAUUUUGUCACUGAAAUGUUCACUUCUGGGACUUUGAGACAAUACAGGAUAAAGCACAAGAGAGUUAACAUUAGAGCUGUGAAGCAUUGGUGUAGACAGAUCUUGAGUGGACUUCUUUAUCUCCAUAGCCAUGAUCCUCCUGUGAUUCACAGAGAUCUAAAAUGUGAUAACAUUUUUAUCAAUGGAAACCAAGGGGAAGUGAAGAUUGGAGAUCUUGGCCUCGCCGCGAUCCUUCGGAAAUCUCAUGCCGCUCAUUGUGUUGGGACACCAGAAUUUAUGGCCCCAGAAGUGUAUGAAGAGGCCUAUAACGAAUUGGUCGAUGUUUAUUCAUUUGGGAUGUGCAUACUAGAAAUGGUCACUUUCGAGUAUCCAUAUAGCGAAUGUAAUCAUCCUGCUCAAAUCUACAAGAAAGUAAUAUCUGGUAGAAAACCGGAUGCCUUAUACAAAGUGAAGAAUCCAGAAGUUAGACAAUUUGUGGAGAAAUGCUUGGCAACUGUGUCACUUAGGCUCUCAGCUUGGGAAUUGUUGAAUGACCCUUUUCUACAAAUUGAUGACUGUGAACCUAAUCUUAAAUCUUUAGACUACAGGGAAGAAGUUGAUAGUAUGGGUCAUCCUCUAAUAAGGCAACCUUUCUAUGAACUUCAUCAGGACACUUAUCCCUAUAGUAACGCAUACUCAAAUACGUAUAGCUAUGGUUAUGAAGCCCAAAAUGAAUUGGAAUAUCAACCAGUUGAGUUUGAACAAAGCGGAAUUGAACUUUUCGAGCAUCACGAUGAUGAACAUUCUGCAAAUCUCGACAUAAGUAUAAAAGGGAAGAGAAGAGAUGAUGGUGGAAUCUUUUUGAGACUGCGGAUUGCGGAUAAAGACGGUCGAAUCCGAAAUAUUUAUUUCCCAUUUGACAUUGAAAUGGACACAGCAUUAAGCGUGGCCACUGAAAUGGUUGCUGAACUCGAUAUUACUGAUCAAGACGUAACUAAAAUUGCAGACAUGAUUGAUGAGGAGAUUGUUUCCUUAGUACCAGAAUGGCAGUCAGGACCAGGCAUCGAGGAAACACCUCGUUUUGCAAAUCAAACCCUCUGUGACAAUUGUGCUUCUGCUCGAACCUCGAAUGGUUCUCUAAUGGAAUUUCUAUCAAACAAUCCAUGUUGUAGAAAUGGAUGUGCUUCUAUGCAUGGCCGAUUUGAAGAGAUCACAUUCCAGGCUGCCGAUGAAUCUGACCAACACUUGAUUGAACUUGCUCCAAAUCGGUUGAGCCAUUCAGACUGCUCGCGUUAUCCGGAAAUUUGGGACCAACACGAAAGCCGUGAACUUACUCCUGUCGGCUCUGGACGAAGCCAUUCCGAUGAGGAAUACGAAAAGUUUGAUCAAUCAAUCUCAACACAGGAUGAGAACAAUAUAAAGAUAGAAAAUGACAUUCAAUCUUAUGGAAGAGAUUCAAUUCAGCACUUAAGAGGUUCUGGUUCUUUUAGUAAACUUCCUUUGCUACUUAAUGACCUUUCAGAGAGCAAUGAGAGCAAAGUGCAGCAAGAAUUGAGAUGGCUCAAAGCAAAGUACCAGAUUGAGUUGAGGGAACUUAGAGAUCAACAAGUGGAUUUUGUAUCAAAAUCUUCGACUUCAAGAAACUCGGAUGACAAACUAAGUAAUGGGGUUUCAUUUGCACAUGACAAACUUUCUGGUCUAAAUUUAAACACUGAUGCCAUUAGCUGCCCCAAUUCGGACACUCGAAGGGACCGAAAUUGCGAGGCGACAAAGGAAUCUCCAGAGCCAAAAUCACUGCCAAGAGUUUUUACAUUGGAUCAUUGGUUCCACACUCACUUCACAGGACAACAUCCCUACCAGUUGAUGCUGUUGAUGUAUAAAAUGUGUGUAUGAGUUGAUUGAAUUGGAGUUCAUGUGCAUAUCCUACUCAUCUUAAAGUUUGUAAAGACCAGAGCACUAAAUGUCCUUUUUGUUUGAUAAUUAUAUUAUUGUUUUUACAUGCACAUCUACAUCACUUGGUACAAUUGUGGCACAUCAGCAUAGCUAAGGGGUAAAUGAACCGAGUAUGAGCCAAGUUGGAAUUACUCCGAACUCGAGCUUGAGCAUGUUACAAAAGUUCAAGCUCGAACUCGAAUGAGCUCAAAUUUUCAAAGUUCAGGUCGAGUUCGAACGACAUCCGAACUACUCGAUCUCAAGUCGAGUUUAAUAAAAAAACAAAUAAUUAUUGAAAAAGAAUUUUAUUUGAU